AUGUCGAAGCCCAUUCCAAUCACUACACCCCUGCGAGAGUUAAAAGGUCAUGAACAUUGUAUAAUGGCAGCCGCAGUGUUCCCCGAUAAACGAUUGGUUACGGGCUCACACGACAAGACGGUUCGUCUGUGGGACUUGGAGACUGGCGUUGCAUUGAAGAAGAUGGAGCUGCAUCGCGGGGGGGUAUCGAGAUUAGCGGUCUCACAAGAUGAGCAAUUGAUAGCAAGCGGUGAUCUGAAUGGGGAGGUCAUGAUCUGGCACGGAGAAACUGGAGAAUUGCUCUCCCAGCCCAUCAAAGCUCACACCGAGUGGGUCAGCUCGCUGGAUUUUUCUCCUGAUGGGACAGUGCUGGCCACUUGUUCAAACGACGGAAUGACAAAAUUAUGGAGCACCAAAACCUGGUCGGAGCUGCAAGGAAGACCGAUUAAAUGUGGUGGUGGUACUGGUUGUGUUCGGUAUUCGCCAUCUGGAGAAUUUAUUGCCAUCGCAACAUCGAGCAUCGACAUUUAUAAUUCAGGCACGAGGGAACUUGUCGCAUCCUUCAAGGGUCACAAAUCGCACAACUUCUCACUCGUAUGGACGGCCGACGGCACACGCCUUCUUACAGGCGGCGAUGGGGUCGAUCCUACCAUACGCGAAUGGGAUACAACAACCUGGCAGCAGGUUGGCGAUCCUUGGACGGGCCACUCCAAUUAUAUCAAUGUCAUGGUCAUUAAUCCUGCUGGCACACUCGUCGCAUCGGUAUCUCCACAUGAGGGUCAUGUUCGUCUUUGGCGGGUCUCAGAUCGACGAACCGUUGCCAUCUUCAAGCACUCAUCUGGGCCAGAAUGGGUCGCUUUCUCCGUGGAUGGCAUCAUGACAGCUCGCAUUGCAUGCAUAGAUGGAGACUUGUCACUCGCCGAAGAACUACUCACACAAGAUAUCAGCACCGAUGGGAACAACCAUACUUCCUACGCUCAUCGCUCAUUUGUUAUGGCGCGAAAACACGACUGGGACCACGCCGUUCAGGAUGCAAUCACGUCCAUUAGCAUUCAGCCAUCGUUGAUAGGCUUUAUCUCCAAGGGUAUUGCCCUCUGCGGAAAAGGCCACAUCCGCGAUGCAAGGGCAGCAUUUGAUGUUGCAUCCAUGUACACAGACCAAGAUUCAGAAAUCGUUCAUUUUCUGCUCUUGAUCAAGGCCAUCACACUGUUCAAUGCAGGUAAACAUGACGAAGCAAGCCUACUCCUCAAAGAACUCGCUGCGGGUUGUCCGAAUGCCGAUACUCGCGCAUGUCGUAUCGUGGAAGCAUAUCUGCGUGUUCAACUCGAAAAAGCCUUGGAUGGCGCACGUCACGCCGAAGCCGCUGACCAUUUCACUUCCGCUGUCAACUCCAGCAAUUCAUCACCAAAAUUAAACAUUCAUGAGAUAUAUGAGGACCUGGUGGUGCUCUUCGGCUGGGAUCUGAAAUGUUUGUGGCUGACUACACACCAGAAACGGUGUAAUGCACUCCUUCAGGCAGGUGAAUUUCAAGAUGCCGUGAAAUUAUACCGGUAUAUGGUGGAUUCAAGUAACAAAAACACCAUGGUCGACUACCUCGACUGGUCCAAUGGCAAGUCUACUUUCAGGGAAGAAUGCAACACGCUUUGUAUUGCCAACGGAGAUGUUGCCCUCGCUGCAAGCGAGUAUGACAGGGCUAUCGACCUGUACUCGGCGGCGAUCGCCCUGGGUUCUGCAUCCGAUGUCGUCUUUGCAAAUCGCAGCAAGGCAAUGUUGGGGAAAAUGCUAUGGGAGGAUGCAGUUCUCGACGCGCAAAAGGUCACCGAACUUAAUCCUUCAUCUCACGUUGGAUACCAGUUAACACAUACAGCGCUGCGUGGCGCGGAACGUUACGACGAAGCCAUCGAGGCGUUCACAAUCAUGUUGUCCAAGUUGGACGAUGCUCCCGAAGCGCAGAUACGCAGUUUGCGUCAGCAGUAUGUCUGUCCAUCCCAAGCAGAAGACGCUAUUCGAAGAGCAGUUUGGAUCGAACUCGAAAAUGCCCCCCUUCGUCUGCUCAACACCUCUACGGGUCUUUUGUGCGACCGAGCAGCACAGCUAAACUCCUUCAAAAUGAGUCCGGUGUACAAUGAGCUUAUCGCGUUUCCAACGAAAGAUUCAAACCUCCGAACGGAGCGCAUCAAAGACGUAGUGGCAACGUACUUCCGUUGCGUCCUGCUAUCACACAGGUGGGAAGAGACGGAGGUGUUGCUGCACGACAUUCAGGACAAAGUCGUGUACGAGUUGAAUGGACUUGGUGGCAUUGCGAAACUGCAGUCGUUCUGCAAAAUCGUUCGUGAUGCUGGGUAUAACUGGGCAUGGAUGGACACAUGCUGUAUCGACAAGAAGAGCAAUAUUACGGAGCUUCAAGAAUCGAUCAACUCCAUGUUCGUCUGGUACCGCAACUCAGCGCUUACGAUCGUCUACCUAUCCGAUGUCCCUCCUUCAUCCCAGCCCGGUGCACUGGCGGGGAGUGUUUGGAACGAGCGAGGAUGGACCUUCCAAGAAUUAGUUGCUCCGCAAGUUGUUAUAUUUUAUCAGAAAGAUUGGUCGUUAUAUCUCGGCGACCGCUCUCCCAACCACAAAGAGUCCCCUGCAAUCAUGAAGGAGUUGGAGGAUGCGACUGGCAUAGAUGCACGGGCCUUGGUGAACUUCAGUCCAGGUAUGAGGGGUGCCCGAGAGAAACUGCAAUGGGCGUCGAAGCGCGUCACCACUCUGCAGGAGGACGUUGCGUACUCAUUAUUUGGCAUCUUCGGUAUCACUCUACCUGUCAUUUAUGGCGAGAAGAAGCAGAACGCGCUCGGACGGCUCCUACAGGAGAUCGUGGCUCGGUCGGGGGACAUCACUGUCCUCGACUGGAUUGGACAACCUUCCGAGUUCAAUAGCUGUCUUCCAGCCCAUAUUACCUCUUACACCACUCCUCCAUGUGCCCUUUCAUCUUUGUCUGAAGAUGAUAUUCACACACAGCUCUCUUCGCUGCGAAAAAAUCUCGAUGUGGAACUGGCUUUGGAACUUUACGACCGGCUUGAUUACACAAGCGCUGCUCGUUUCGCGAACUGCAGGCUGCAUCUGCCUUGCAUAGCAUUCCGUGUCACAGAAGUCAGUCUGAGCUACGGUCCAUCCCAGGAGACUCGAUAUAAAGUCAAGGCAGACGGGCUUCGUGACCUGCUGAUCACUACCAAAGAGCUGAAUAUUCACUCGCGGACAAGACCCAUCAAGCAAACCUUCCUGCUUGUCCGUCCCUGGGAUCGGUCUCUCCUCGAGCUACCAGACUUUGCAAAUCUGCUAGACGAUACGGAGAGCGAGGGGGAUUAUCGGACACCGCCUUUUUCUACGUCAGUCGACUCACCUAGCCAUUCUCCUGUAAAACAGGAUGGGGUUGAUCUAGAAUCGCGAGCAUUGCGGUUACUCGUUCGCCUUGGGCAGCCUUUUGGCGCCUUUUUGCUAGCGCGGCAGCGCGGUGGAGAAUACAAGAGGGUCGCGUCGGAUCGUAAUAUCAUUGCGCAGGUCAAAGAUGUGUCUUCUGUUCAAGACUUGAUGGACAUUAAGACGGUAGAAAUAUUGUAG